GCGGAACGACGCCCUGGGUAGAAUGGAGAGUCUACCAAUGGCAGGAGUGUUAUUGCAGAGAAAUAGUAUUAUGUUAAUCGAUGUUUUGCUCGAACUUAUUUGGUGAGAGCUUUAAAAAGCGAGGCAGCUCCAGGCGGGCUGUUAGAAGCGGAGAGAGGAUCGGAAGGUGGGCAGGUUAGGCAGAGUGAAUUUAGGCACAGAGAGGUUAUUCUCCCAGGAAAGAGAGGCGAAAUCAUAGCUCCUCUCCAGUGCAGUGGUUUGGAUUUUCAAAGGUGUCCGGAUCCGCUCUUCUUCGCUGCUCCGUGGGCGAAGAAGGGACCUGCCCGCUCCCCUAUUGCUAGCCACCGUUACCAUGUCCAAUGUGCACCUCUCGACCGCCUCGGCUCUAGAGCGACUGGCGGCUCGCCGGACUUUCCCCUUGCAUGCUCGCACCGGAGUAUGUAGGAACCUCUUUGGUCCCGUUGAUCACGACGAGCUCAACCGAGAGCUGAAGAGCAAGCUGCGGGAGAUCUGCGAGGACGGCCAGAAGCGCUGGGACUAUAAUUUCCAGACCGAGACACCGCUGGCCGGCCCGGGCAGGCUACAGUGGGAAGAGAUGGAGGGCGAUUCCGUGCCUGCCUUCUAUCGGGAGACUCUACAGGUUGGGAGGUGCCGCUUCCCAGUGCUGGUGAUCCGGUCUAAGCCUCCGCCUGGAAGUGCGGAGGUGCCUCCUGAAACAGACCCACAGGAGACGGGGGUUUCUUCGACCCCCUCCUCCCUUAGCCCUCAGGGCAAGACGGCCGCCUUGGAAAACACUAUGUCGACGGGCGAGGCACGCCUCAACCAGGAGAACAGGGCCGAUCAACUCAACAACUACUCAGGGAUUAUAAUCAAGCCUGUCCCGUGUGCCGCCGCGGCACUGAAAAGGGUCUCAUCAGCCAGCGUAGGUCACAUCACAGAUUUCUUCGCAAAGCGGAAAAGAGUCGUAGACUCGAAAGUGGCCGGGGAUCAUCCCAGUGCCUUGCCAGCUUCUGUCUCUGCUGUCCCCACUGUGCAGACCCCCCGGAAAAGGCUCCGAUGAACGAGAUUUUGCACUAUAACUCCGAAGUGAUUGUUUCCUUGGAAACACAAGAGCUUGAGAGGCCCUUCCUCUCCACAUGUUAAAGGGACUGGCAAGAGAGACCGAAAGUAGUAGGGAGGAAGAAUCGCCUGAUGGUGGUGGUGGUUUUUCUUGUUUUCUGUUUGUUCCUCCUUUUCUCAUGCCCCAGAAGGAACUGCUUGUACCUCCAUGUAGCGAAAGUGGCUGACUACAAGCCACCUGACGGAGCAGUGUUAAUUUACAACUGUGCAAUGUAUUAUGUUUUAUAUAAAAAUGUAUUAUGCCUAAUGUGAGUACACUGGCCAGAAGUGUAAAAGCUUUAAAAUCAUUUAUAUAAAUGUUUAAUCUCUGCUGAUCUCUCAGUGCAAAAAAAAAAAUGUAUAUUUGUAAAAAAAAAUACAAACAACGUAAAGAGUUAUACUAACUUAUAUUUUCUAUUUAUGUCAAAAAAAAAAAGCAGAUAACUUUGGUUGACGCCCAGUAGUCUGUUUCGUGUGUUUGGAUUUUUUUUUCUUAUUUGGUUAAGCCAAAGGGCACUAUAUAUUUGCUUUUUGUUAUUUACAAAAAUGUAAAUUUAUUUUUAUAGUGGUUUUUUUGCAUUCACAAAAUGUAGCUAUAAAUCAAAAAUUACUUUAGUUAUUACUUGAAAAUAAGUCUGAUACAAUGGUUCCUGAGCCGGUCUGUACCACUGCCACUGCAAAUUUAUGCCACAAUGUUAAAAUAAAAAGGAAUCAAAUGUCCAUUA